UAUGUCAACCAUGAAAUAUUUUUAUAAUCUAAUUUUGUAAUUUUGCUUGCGAUCCAUAAACCCUAGCGUCUCAAUGUUACACCAAAGCAGCCUAUAAAGCAAAGGGAAAGCGCUUCUAUUUAGCGUUUCUGUCGCUGAGACUCUGGGGUUUAUCUUCGUCAUCAACGCCGCCGCAACCAUGGCUAUGAGAGCGAGGGCUGCUUUGGCUGCUGCUCCCCGCAGCUUGCUUCGGCUAUUCUCAACAACCUCCACUUCAUCCUUCGUUCCUCCGCCCACCCCAGCGGACGCUUCUGCUCGAGAACAGGCUGAGCCCAACGCUAAUCUCUUUGUCUCUGGACUUAGCAAACGAACUACUACAGAGGGACUAAGGGAAGCAUUUUCCAAGUUUGGUGAAGUGGUUCAUGCUAGAGUGGUGACUGAUAGGGUGUCGGGAUAUUCUAAGGGGUUUGGUUUUGUCAGAUAUGGUAGUUUAGAAGAUGCGGCUAAAGGUAUAGAAGGCAUGGAUGGGAAGUUUUUGGAUGGAUGGGUUAUAUUUGCUGAGUAUGCAAGACCCAGGCCAUCACCAACUCCACCUGGGAACAAUGUAGCUCCUGGAUAUGGGAGCAACAGAGGUCCUGCAUAUGGGAAUGCUGCGAGUCCUGCAUUUCAGAGCACAAAUCCUGAAUACGGAAAUGCUGCAGGUCCUGCAUAUCAGACUAACAUGGGUCCUGAAUAUGGGAAUGCAACAGGUCCUGCAUACCAGAGCAACAUGCGUCCUGCAUAUGGGAAUACAACGGGUCCUACACACGUGAGCAAUAAUACAGGUCCUGUAUAUGGGAAUACCACAGAUCCUGCAUAUACGAAUGCCUCAGGGCCUGCAUAUAAUAAUACCUCCACACCCACAAAUGGGAAUGCUUCGGGCCCUGCAUAUGGAAACGUGGAUCCUACUUAUGGUAAUGGCAUGGGUGCUCCAUAUGGCUAUCAAUGAUUUAUAUGAAGCUCACAAACUCAUCAUUUUUCUAGUUUAUAGUCAGUGAGGUGUGAGGAGCAUAUGUACGUUCUUCAUUGUAACUCUGGUUAGCUUGGGGAUUAAAAGCAUUGGAGAUAUCAUUACAGUGAGCAGAUUGAACUUAGAAGUAUGCGAAUUCAAGAUGUUACAUGUUGAGAUUUUCCUAUGCAACAACAUUCUAUUAGCUAUUCUCGACGUUUUUUUUUCUUGCAAAGAAUGUAAUCUAAGAAGUUAUGUGUUCUGUCUGGAAGUUGUUCCUUUGAAAAGUUUGUUUAGGGUUUUAUUUCAA